AUGUGGUCAGAUAUAUUGCCACCACCAGCGAUGUCAUACCACGACGACGACGACGAGCGCAGCCAGCCGCCACCAACAAACAAUAUCCGUGAUGGACUCCAGGAAGACACGAUUCGUAUACUCCUUGCAACAGACAACCACAUUGGCUACAUGGAAAGAGACCCGAUACGAGGACAAGACUCUAUCAAUACGUUCAAGGAGAUCUUACAGCUGGCUGUGAAGCAUGACGUUGACUUCAUUCUGCUUGCUGGAGACCUUUUCCACGAGAACAAACCCUCAAGAGAAUGCAUCUACAAGGUCACUGCUCUUCUGCGAGAGUAUACACUGGGGGACAAGCCUGUGGCGAUUGAGUUGCUGAGCGACCCACUGGAGGGCAAGGCAGACGGGUUCUCGUUCCCUGCGGUCAAUUACGAGGACCCCAAUCUCAACGUCGGCAUACCCGUCUUCUCGAUACACGGAAACCAUGAUGACCCUCAAGGCGCCGGUGCAGCUGGCGCUCUUUGCGCUCUCGACAUUCUUUCAGUCUCUGGUCUCGUCAAUUAUAUGGGCAAAAUCGACCUACCACUUACUGAGGCCCAGGCUCCAACCUCUGGUAUCGCUGUCCGACCUGUUCUCAUUCGCAAGGGCAACACAUACCUUGGAAUGUACGGCAUUGGGAAUGUGAAAGACCAGAGGAUGCACUUCGAGCUGCGGAGCAAUCGCGUCAGGAUGUUCAUGCCGAAGGACAAAGACAAGUGGUUCAAUUUACUGCUUCUGCAUCAAAACAGAGUAAAGCAUGGACCACAGGAAUUCGUACCUGAAGGAAUGUUCGACGACAGCAUCAACUUGGUCAUCUGGGGUCAUGAGCACGAUUGCCGCAUCGUGCCCGAGCCCGUCGCUGGAAAGAAUUAUUAUAUCACGCAGCCUGGAUCGUCCGUGGCGACGUCACUGUCGGAGGGAGAGGCAAGGGAAAAGCAUGUAGCACUCCUCGAGAUUCAAGAAAAAGAAUUUAAACUGACGCCGCUCCCCCUUCGGACUGUGCGGCCAUUCAUUAUUGAUGAAGUCACCUUGAGCGACGCGGCCGAGGAAGAGGGUUUUGACCUCAAUGACCAGAUGGAGAUCACGAAGUACCUCAAAAAGAAGGUGAACGAGCUGAUUGAAAAAGCGAAGGAGCUUUGGGAAGAACGGAAUGCGCAAGCUGUGCAAGAUGGCGACCCCGAACUGCCUGAGAUGCUACCGCUCAUUCGACUUAAGGUCGAUACAACGGGUGUAACAGAGACUUCAAACCCUAUCCGGUUCGGUCAAGAAUUCCAAGGCCGUGUAGCUAACCCCCGUGAUCUGCUCAUCUACCACCGGUCCAAGAAGACCUCUUCCCGCACGGCGAAGGUGGCAAUCGACCAGCCUGAGCUGAGUAUCGACGACCCAGACCUCAGCAUAUCGGAGAAGCUAGCCAAGGUGCGCGUGGGGACGCUGGUGAAGGAGUAUCUGGCCGCACAGGAGCUGCAGCUUCUGGGAGAAGGAGGCAUGUCAGAUGCGAUUUUAAUGUUCGUAGAGAAGGAUGACACCCAUGCGAUCCAGACGCAUGUGAGCAAGGCUCUGAAGGUGUUGAUGAAGAACGUUCAACCCACGGAUGAUGUAGAAGUACCAGAGGAUGAACUAGAGGACAUGUUGGCGAAGGCGAAGGAGCAGCAAGACAAGGAGUACGCGGAGAAUGCUAGAGCGGCCAAGUCGUCCAAGGCCAAGGGCAAGGUGAAGGCCGAUGAGAACGACGAGUCCGAGGAUUCAAUGAUGAUGGAUAUAGAUACUGGCGGUGCUGCUGGUGAGUCCGACUUUGAAGAGCUGGACUCAGACGAGGCGCCACCUCCACCCAAGAAAAGAGCUACCGCGGCAAAGGGAAAGGCCACCACAGCCGCGAAGAAGAAAGCCCCCGCAAAGGCAGUGGCGAAGAAGGCACCUGCAAAAGGCAAAGGGAAGAAGGUAGUUGAAGAGAGCGAUGACGACGACGCGAUAGAACUGGAUGAAGACGACGAUGAUGAAGAGGAAGAGGCCCCGAAGCCGGCGAAAAGAACCAACCGGGCUGCUGUGCUGAGUCAACCAGCGCCGGCGAAGAAGGCACCUGCGAAGAAGAAAGCGCCUGCGCCGAAGCAGUCGCAGCUGACGUUUACACCUGCAGGGCGCUCCUCCAGAGCUGCGGCCACAAAGGCUAGGGGUCGGAUGGUGGUGGAUGAUGAUGACGAUGACGACGAUUGA